CCAAAUCCAAAGAAUAACAAAAGACAAACACGAUCUUUAGACGCCUUUCCACAAUGAAACUUAAGCUAGAUGUGCUUACUCUUAUUUUGCUCCCUGUCCACUUAUUAAUAUCCAUAUACAGUGCCCUUAUAUUUAUUCCAUGGUAUUUUCUUACCAAUGCCAAGAAGACAAGCACUAUGGCAAAACGAAUUAAAGCUAAACCCACCUCAAACAAGCCCGGAAGUCCCUACCGUUCUAUCACCCACUUCGACUCACUAGCUGUCAUAGACAUCCCUGGCGCAGAUACCCUGGACAAACUGUUUGAUCACGCAGUAGCCAAGUUUGGGAAGAAGGACUGUCUCGGCACCCGGGAGCUGUUAAGCGAAGAAAAUGAGAUGCAGCCAAAUGGAAAGGUGUUUAAAAAGUUAAUCCUAGGAAACUAUAAAUGGAUGAACUAUGUCGAGGUGAACCAGAGAGUGAAUAAUUUUGGCAAUGGACUUACUGCAUUAGGCCUGAAACCAAAGAGCACAAUUGCCAUCUUCUGUGAGACCCGGGCAGAAUGGAUGAUCUCAGCACAGACCUGUUUCAAGUAUAACUUUCCUCUUGUAACUCUGUAUGCCACGCUUGGUAAGGAAGCCGUAAUCCAUGGACUGAAUGAAUCGGAAGCAUCCUAUCUGAUCACAAGUGUUGACCUUCUGGAACAUAAACUUAAGACUGCCCUUGUAGACAUCAAAUGUGUUCAGCAUAUCAUCUAUGUGGGCAAGAAAACUAUUGAUAAAUCAGAAUACCCCGAAGGAUUUGAGAUUCAUAGCAUGAAUUCAGUGGAGGAAUUGGGAGCCAGGCCAGAAAAUGCAAACUUCAUGCCGAUCAGACCAGUCCCUUCAGACCUGGCCAUUGUGAUGUACACCAGCGGCUCUACAGGGAGACCUAAGGGAGUAAUGAUGCAUCACUGCAACUUGAUAGCCGGAAUGACAGGGCAAUGUGAACGGAUUCCUGGUUUGGGACCAAAAGACACCUAUAUUGGCUACUUGCCUUUGGCUCACGUGUUGGAGUUGACAGCAGAAAUAUCAUGCUUUACGUACGGCUGUAGGAUUGGCUACUCUUCUCCUCUUACGCUGUCGGAUCAGUCCAGCAAAAUUAAAAAAGGAAGCAAAGGUGACUGCAGUGUUCUGAAGCCCACGCUCAUGGCGGCCGUUCCGGAAAUCAUGGACAGAAUUUACAAGAACGUUAUGAGCAAAGUUCAAGAGAUGAACUAUUUUCAGAAAACUCUUUUCAAGAUAGGCUAUGACUAUAAGUUGGAACAGAUCAAGAAGGGAUACGAUGCUCCUCUGUGCAACUUCCUCCUGUUCAAAAAGGUAAAAGCCCUUCUGGGUGGCAAUGUGCGCAUGAUGCUGUCUGGAGGAGCCCCGCUUUCGCCGCAGACACACCGCUUCAUGAACGUUUGUUUCUGCUGCCCCAUUGGCCAGGGUUAUGGAUUAACAGAGUCUUGUGGAGCUGGAACAGUUACUGAAGUUACGGACUAUAGCACUGGCCGAGUUGGAGCCCCACUUAUAUGCUGUGAAAUUAAACUGAAAGACUGGCAAGAAGGAGGCUACACAAUCCACGACAAGCCAAAUCCCAGGGGAGAGAUUGUCAUCGGCGGACAGAAUAUUUCCAUGGGCUAUUUUAAAAACGAGGAGAAAACUGCCGAAGAUUACUCUGUGGACGAGAACGGGCAGCGAUGGUUUUGUACUGGCGACAUUGGCGAAUUCCAUCCUGAUGGCUGCUUACAGAUCAUUGAUCGCAAGAAAGAUUUGGUGAAGCUGCAAGCUGGAGAGUAUGUGUCUCUGGGCAAGGUGGAGGCUGCCUUGAAGAACUGUCCACUCAUAGACAACAUCUGUGCUUACGCCAAAAGCGACCAGUCUUACGUGAUCAGCUUUGUGGUUCCUAAUCAAAAAAGGCUGAUGACGUUGGCCCAGCAGAAAGGGGUAGAAGGAUCGUGGGUGGACAUCUGCAACAACCCCACCAUGGAAGCAGAAAUACUGAAGGAGAUCAAAGAAGCCGCCAACACUAUGAAACUGGAGCGUUUUGAGAUCCCAAUCAAAGUCCGCCUGAGCCCAGAGCCCUGGACUCCUGAAACUGGCCUGGUGACGGACGCGUUCAAGUUGAAACGGAAAGAACUGAAGAACCAUUAUCUCAAUGACAUUGAGAGAAUGUACGGGGGCAAAUGAUUGGCGGGCCUUUUCUCAAAUCGAGUUGGGGCGUGCCCUCGACAGUACCAAGCCCCAAGCCCCAGUGUUUUCUUUUCGCCUCUCUGGCUAUUAGACUAUACAUAUAGCUAUACAAUCUAAAGUUAAUCAAAUCAAAGCAAAACAAAAGACCAAUCCCAAUGGCUGUUGGGUCUCCUCUAACUUUUCCUUACAUGAUUCUAACCAAAAACCUAGACGCGAAGUCAUUCGCCUCUAGCUAGUUGAUUGGAUUUUAAAUUUUGACCCCAUCCGAGCCACAAAGCCAAAACAUGACUCCCGGACGCGAUUGGGCCGCGGCUUCAUUUCUGAUCCCUUAACCACAGCAAAAGUGGAAAAGCAAAGUAAAUUCAGGCCCCAGUAGAGCAAAUCUGCACUCUCUGGGGUCAGUUGUUUUCCUCAUUUAGAAACCUCUCUACAAGUCAGGUUUGACAAAUCUAUGAUAUCACUACUCAGUGCGGCACCGCCCGGGGGCUUUGACGGUCACCAAAAGACCAAUUUGUGGCUCUAGCGUCAUUUCCAGAUACAAACGAAAUACAGUAUUCUUGGAAAGGGUCUGUAAGCCAGAGAAAUCCGUUUACAGACGCCUGGUAGAGAUGGUGUCAUCUGUAUGGCAGUAGAAUAUUGGGAAUACUUCUUACAGUGCCUGAAGCGUGAACUGAAACAAAAAACAUUACUAAAGUAAUAUACUUAAGGGGAACUGGAUUGCUCUUCCUACUGAAGGAGCUCCAAAUUCAAUAAACCACAUUCCUUUGACAUUUAUAAGUG